AUGGAUGCAUUGACACACCAUAUUCAAGGCGAGGUGCCAUGGUAUAUGUUAUUUGCUGACGACAUAGUUCUGAUUGAUGAGACGCGAGGUGACGUCAACGAGAGGCUGGAGGCUUGGAGACAGGUCCUAGAGUCCAAGGGUUUCAAGUUGAGCAGGACUAAAACGGAAUAUCUAGAGUUCAAGUUCAGCAUCGAGCCGAAGAAAGCGGGAUUGGACGUGAGGCCUGGAUCACGGGCCAUCCUCAAGAGGGGCAACUUCAAGUACCUUAGGUCGAUUAUACAGGCGGAUGGGGUGAUCGAUGAGGAUAUCACACACCGGAUAUGGGUGGGGUGGAUAAAGUGGAGGUGGGCAUGGCCCCUAUGGAUGACAAGCUGCGGAAAGCAAUGGUCAGAUGGUUCGGACAUGUUCAGAGUAGAAGCCCAGAUGCCCCGGUAA